AUGGACUCUCGCGCAGCAGCCGCAGAAGGGAUGCGCUCGGCCAUAGAAUAUUGGUCUCAAUUUGUCGCACGCUCCAUCUCUCAUCGUCUCGAUACAGAGAAGUUCGAGAACUACGUUCGACUCGUCCAUGACCAACAUCCUCUCCCUCCCGCCCUCGUCGCCGACUUCUUCCUUCGCCCUCAACCAUCAAACGACAAUAGUCUCGACCCUCGAAUCCCUCCAUACUUACAAGUGCUCACAAGACUCGGCUACGUCGAUGCGCCAUCAAUACUAAAAGCGCUGUACAAAUACUCGUCUCUACAUGCGUAUGCACAACAACCGAACGCCAAUGAGGGCAAGGACAAAGAAAAGGAGAACGAAAAAAGCGAUGAUAAAGAGAAGGAUGAAAAGAAACAGAAGAUUACUCGAUGGAAGAGCUCGUACUGGGCUGAAGAGGUACUUUUCUACGGGAUUACCAAGUCCGUAGUAGAAGGCAAAGCCAUACGAGAUUCAAAAACGGCAUUGGAGAUGACAAGGAUCAUUUCCAAAUUAAUGGUCCUUUUCACGACCGCAUUUGCGGCCGAUAUGAUUGAGCAAUUGCACAAAGCCCAGGUACGGGAUGAAAUGGAAUCGUCGAGGGCAGCUCUGGUUGCACUCUUACUACGGAUGUGCGAGAAUGACAUCCUUGUUGGAGCCGUGAGCAAACCAAUUGCCAAAGACGUCCGGAAAGAAAUGUCUGCUGGCUUGGCAAGCUUUGUGCCAACGUUACAGCUCGUGCCGCAAAUAACAGACAAGCUCGAGCAGUUUCGAACGGAAAUUCUUGCUAGCUCUGAUCCCGUUGAUAAAAAGAAGCAAGCUACUAAUGCUGCUAUGGACGAACUUCUUGAUUCUGCUGUUGGCCUGGACAAUUUUGUUGUGGCAGAUAUUCCAAUCAGCAACACUCGGACAGGAUUGUACAUCUAUCUAAACGCUGCACUUAUUGCACGCCCUCUUUUGGAUGAUCAUGCUUUGUUUUCAUACAUGAGUAACAAGUAUCAAGGAGAUAUUCAAUCAAGUGCCAUCGACCUAAUUCUCGCGUCUUUUGAUAUCUUGGCCAAUGCGGUUUUCCGCAAUGAGGGACAGAAAGAUGCCCACCUUCUAAGGUCAUUCUUGAUCAACAAGGUUCCUAUACUUCUCUAUCAACUGUUACCCCCUGGCUUCCCAGGCACAUCGGCUGAAUUCUGUAUUACGGAGGCACUGAGCCACGUAGAUACAAGUUUAUUUCCUACAGCAUCACUCAUGUUUGACGAGUCGAGAAACAAUAAUCCCUACACGGAAAGUGUUAGGGAAGAGUUUUGCGCUGCGUGUGUGCUGCAUGGUCUCGUGCAACGGGAGCACGUGGAGAGGAUUCUGGGAGAAAUAUCGCUUUCCUAUGAACCAUCUUUGCAGAAACAUUCCAAGGAUAAGCUUGUGCAAGACUGCUUGUCUGACACGGAAAAGAUUCAGGGGCUUGUUCGGGAACUCGACAAGAUGGACGGCAAUGUCGGCGCAGUUUGUCAGGCACUUGUUGAGUCUUUAGACGUCAUUCUUCUGUUUGAGAAGCUGCCAAAUAUUCUUGAACCUUUGUGCCAACUUCUUGAUAACUGGCGUUAUGAAGAUGACCAAGAAGAGUAUCAGCCCGUGUACGAGGAGUUUGGAGCCGUUCUACUGCUUGUUUUGGCUUUCACAUAUCGAUAUAACCUGAACGCAGUGGAAAUUGGCAUCGCUAGCCCUGACUCUUGGGUCGCUAGGAUUAUUGGCAGGGGGCAUAUUGGACGACAAUGCAAUGAGCUCACUCAGAGGGAGAAUGAUCACCUCAACGGGUGGAUUCAUGGGCUUUUCGAUACCGAGGCCGGUGGUCUCGGCGAUGAGUUGAUGUCAUCUUGCCCACCGCAAGAGUUUUAUCUUGUUGUGGCACCUCUAUUCCAGAGCAUUGUUGUUGCAUACACACAUGGCUAUCUCAACGACGAGAGCCUUAAGGGAGGCAUAGAAUACCUUGUGGAUACCUUCUUAUUGCCAUCUCUUGUUCCGGCGAUUCGAUUCCUGGCAGACUAUCUCUGGAUCGACCAAAAAGAACAAAAGUCCAUUAUCAAGAUUCUGCAACUCAUCCUCCUCCCAAGUUCCAUCUCGGGGGAAGCAAGCACAAUGCUUUCAUCCGUGAAAAACCUCAUUGCAAAGCCUUUGGAGCAUGCUUUACGGACAUAUCAACGUCGAGAUCCCAAUAAUCAAGACAUUGAACCUCUUUUGCGGACUCUCAAGGAUAGCAUCCCCUUGUCACGCCGCACAGGGGGAACUGACCUCAACGAGCUCGAGUCUUGGACUACUACACUUCCUACUGGUCUCUCUAGUGCCAUCAAACUUACCAUCCAAGGUCUUGUCCACUGGAGCAUUCAUCCUGCCAUGAACAGUAUGCCGACUUCUUAUACUCAUCGGCAAAUAUUGGCUGCUCUGAAGAUAAUGGGCCCCAAACGAGUAUUGCAUGUCAUCUUGGAGGAGAUUCGACAACACACAGAGGCUGGAAGUGCCAGUAUUGUCUACGACGUUGCUAUCUCGUUGAUCUGUGCACCUGACGCCGCGAAAGAUGCCCCUGCAGUUGUCGAUGCAAACGGAAACAUGCUGCCACCGGUCCAGCGGCAGCGCAGUCUCCGGGACCUUCUCAAAGUCGAGGCUGAAGGCUGUAGGAAACUCCAGAAGAAAGACCCAGCACUGGCUGAGAUCGUUGUACGUCUACAUCGUCGUGUCGAAGCACAGAUGAUCAUCCCUCAACCCCCAGGAAUGCUUCAAACUGCAGAGAUGUCUCUUAACCUCGAUGGUGACACCGCUGGACUUGGAGACGCCAUGGCUGCUGCGGCUUCAGGUGUUCAGGGUGACAAUAUGUCAGUCGAUAACUUGACUCUUGAUGUCAGUAUGGGUGGUGUACCAUCUGAUCUGGGACUUGGAUCUGCCAAUGACGGAGGAAGCUUGGAUCCUUCAGGGGAUGCUGCCAUGUUUGAAGGAUUCGAUACACAGGACAUGGAUAACUUUGAUUGGGAUGACAUUAGUAACUCGUUUCAGUGA